AUGUUUUAUUACUCUGGGUUCAAUGUGAGUCCGAAAAUUACAUCCAGUGACAAUAAUCGUCCAAUCAUUGACAACUUCAGUGAAGUUAAAAUCAACAACCUAUCAAACAUAACCCUCGGCUGGAAUUAUCUUCUAGUUUGGAAGAAAAAUUCAGUAUUUAUAUCCGAAAAAUACACAAAUAACUGUGAUGAGAAACAAUUGUCAAUACCUACGAGCCCAUCAACAAAAUUUUCUAGCGCUUUCGCUGGAAAAUCCUCAAUUACCCUCAUCUCAACAGACAAUCAAAUAUGGCAGUACAAAUUGUACAGCGAGGAAUGGAACAAAGUAGAUAACUUCACUGCUAAAGAUGAGUUAGUUUUAAAAAUCGAUGGAACAAAUCAAAAUAUCUGUGCCUUAACAAACUACGGAAGAAUUUAUAAUAUUCCUAUUCUUCUGGAAAUGCCGGCUGGAAACAACUCAAAAUAUACUGAUAUAGUCUGCGGGUUCGAACACACCUUGGUGUUGACGAACAAUGGUGAAGUUUACUCAUUUGGCGGGGGCAGCAGAGGUCAAUUGGGACACAAUGAUCUAGAAAACUCUGAUGAACCUCUAUUAAUCGAAGCAUUGGCUGGUUUGAAGGCAGUCAAAGUAGCAGCUGGAGGGUGGCACAAUGCCGUUAUUACUUCAGACAAGGAUUUGUACACUUGGGGUUGGAAUACUAGCGGGGAACUCGGGUUAAUUGGUUCUGAGAAAGUAAUUGCGGUUCCUACCAUAGUAGAUUUUUACAACGAAAAAGAAGAAAAGGUUGAUGUCAAUGUAACAGAUGUAGAAUGUGGUAAUAAUUUUACAAUUUGCCAAACAGAUGACGGUCAACUUUGGGGAUGUGGGUCCAAUAAGUAUGGCCAGCUAGGCCUCUCUCAAUUAUCAAUUACGAGUACGGAUAAAUUUGUCCGAUUAAAUUCCAAGUUUGAUUGUAAGAAUAUUAAUUACUUUAAAUGUCGGGACUGGAGUACAAUUAUUAAUGUUAAAUAA